AAUGCUUUUUCCCAUUAAAAGGUGGUCCAGGAGUACGAAAGGGCUGUUAUAUUCCGAUUGGGACGGCUAUUGAAAGGCGGCGCUAAAGGGCCUGGAUUAUUUUUCAUAAUACCCUGUAUUGACAACUAUCGAUGCGUUGAUCUCAGAACCGUCUCAUUCAAUGUUCCGCCACAAGAGAUCCUAUCGAAAGACUCGGUGACCGUCAAAGUGGAUGCCGUUGUCUACUAUCGCAUCUCCAACGCGACGGUCGCCGUCUGUAACGUCGAGGACUACUCCAUAUCCACGCGUCUGUUGGCCGCCACCUCUUUGCGCAACAUUUUGGGCACAAAGAACUUGUCGGACAUACUGGCGGACAGGGAGUCCAUAUCGCAUACACUGCAGUCCACCCUCGACGAGGCCACCAACCCGUGGGGCGUCAAAGUCGAAAGGGUCGAGAUCAAAGACGUCGGACUUCCCGUACAGUUGCAGAGGGCUAUGGCGGCUGAGGCCGAGGCGACCCGGGAUGCGAGGGCUAAGGUGAUCGCAGCCGAAGGCGAACAAAAGGCUUCGCGAGCCCUGAAAGAGGCGGCGGAAGUGAUCAGCGAAUCUCCGGCCGCUUUACAGCUCCGGUAUCUCCAGACACUCAACUCGAUCGCCGCCGAGAAGAACUCGACGAUUGUCUUUCCGAUACCAAUGGAGCUGUUCCGUGGUUUCAUACAAACCGGGCCCACACACACACCACCCGCCCCUCCAGUCUAACGCUACCCAAAUCGAGUCAAUCCAAAUAUAUUUGCUUUUUAUAUAACUUACAGUUAUAUUUAACAAUGACA